AUGUCAGACCAGAGCUCGUCAGGGGAGAAAAAGAUAGGGCAGGAGUUUGGGGCCAUUCGAGCACCCCUACCGCUCGACAAGCUCGUGCCUUUCCUCGAAAAGAACGUGAGGGACUAUAAGGGUCCGCUUGAGAUCCAGCAAUUUAAAGUGACUGACCUCCAGUCUAACCCCACAUAUCUCCUCAAAACCCCUUCGCAAUCUUAUGUCCUCCGUCGCGCUCCCUCUGGCGCCCUCCUCAGUCCGACCGCUCACCGCGUCGACCGAGAGUACGCCAUACUGCACGCUAUCAACCUGUACAAUGAUACUCUGUCAGCGAGCGACCGCGCGGCUCACGGCGUACCUGUACCCAAGGUGUAUUGCCUGUGUAUGGAGCCGGAAAUCGCCGGAAGUGCAUUCUACGUGAUGGAGUUCUUGAAGGGACGUAUCUUCCAGGAUGUCCGGAUGCAGCAGAUCCAGAAAGACGAGAGGAGGGAGUGCUGGAAAUCCGCCAUCAAGACCCUGACCAACCUCUCUUCCCUCCCUUUACCCCUCAAACACCUGCCCGACAACUUUGCUCCUCCACCUCAGACCAAGCCGUACUUUCCGCGCCAAGUCAACUCGUUGCUCAAGGUAUCGGCGGCGCAGUCGGCUGCUCGAUCAUUAGAGUCAGGGAAGGAAGUGGGGGAGAUCUGGGGUACGAAAGAGCUCAGAGGAUGGUUCGAUCAGGGUGCGAAGGGGAUCGCGGAGAGUGAGGGGAAGAGGGCAGUAGGGGGUGUGGUACAUGGAGACUAUAAGAUUGAUAACCUGAUCUUCCACCCUACCGAACCACGAGUUAUCGGUAUCCUCGACUGGGAGCUAUGUACCCUCGGCUCCCCGCUCGCAGACCUCGGUAACCUUCUCUUACCAUUCUCUAUCGCUCCUCUAUCGGACACAAGCGAUGGCGGUCCCAACCCCCUCUCGGAUCGAGCGGAUCUCGGACUACUCGUCGGUCUUAAGGGAGUACCCACGGGAGAGAGCGGUCUGUCGCAGAGGGAAGAGAUAGAAGGGUGGUGGGUCCAGGGUAUGAAUGAUGGGGCAAAGUGGCAUCGCGCCAAGGGGGAGAAGCAGGGCGGGAAUGCGGAUGACUGGAAGCUACCCAUCCAGGGCAUGGGCUGGGUAAGAUCGUGGAUCCUCUUCAGGCUGGCUAUCAUCACGCAAGGUAUUGCAGCUCGGGCAUCAUUGGGCCAGGCUAGCUCAGCGGACGCCAAGGCGGACAGUCGGGUUGUUUUCGACUUCUUUGGGAAGAUGGCUUGGGAGUCAAAGAAGGAUGCGGAGAAGGAGGAGGGUGGUGGAAAAGCUAAGUUGUAG